AUGAACUUUUUACAGCAUGCCAUUCAUGAGCUACGAUAUAAAGUAGAUUAUUACUUUGUGGAUUAUCGUCAAAGGUAUUAUAGUACAAAUAGAAAUCCAAGAUUGAUUCAAACCAAACUACAAAAUCAACAGUUGAUUUCACUACGAACAUUUCCAAAGGAUAAAUAUUUGUUAAAGCCAGGUCAAUUUCUUUCAUUAGAGUAUCAAUAUUUUCCACAAUCUAUGCCCAGUCCAAUUUCUAAUCUUCCAAUUCAAUCAAUUCCCAAGGAUGAUGCAAUGUCUUUCUUAAGUUUUGAUGAAACAUUUUCUCAUAAGAAAAGCAGAAGAGUUGGUAAAGGAGGUGGUGAUAAACGGAACGAAUUUAUUAGUUCAGGUCCAAGAAUUAAUAGUGCACCAGACUUGUCAGUUAUUGAAAUUGGAUCAGGACACCAUGAUUCAUGUACUUGUCAAUGCCAUUCGACUCCAGCUGAAUUUCCUCCCAAGAUCAAGAUUUAUAAAAAGAGUCAUAAGAGUUCAAAUGCAGUACGAAAUAUAUUUAAUCAAUAUUUAAGACCAAUUAAAUCUGGAGAAAGAAACCAACAGGUAAUGUUGGGCCCACCCUUACAGAAUUUAAGUAGUGAUAUCAAUAUACCUAGUGAUUCCGCACCAGAUCUUGGUCAAUCUAAUAAAAGAAAGGAUAUUGAAGAUCUGUCACCUUUGUUGAUGAUGUUAGAUGAUUCAUCCCCUUUGAAAUUGAAUAUUGAAAUAAACAAAGGAAAUCCCGAUUUAUUAAAUUCAAAUGUCAAUGAAAUCAUGUUGCUUGAUAGCAACAACAAUAACAACAACAACGAUAAUCAUAGUAAUCAUAAUCCUAUUAUUAGUCAGGUUAACAUUCAGAAUAAGAAUAGUAAGAACGAUUCAUCCAAAAGCUCUAUGGUUUGGAAAACUGUUUUGAAUGAUGUAUCAUUAUCGGCUGCAAGAAUAUCGACUGGUAGCCCGCAUUCGCCUAAUAUGGAUGCUCGCCGAAUGAGUGCUGAUUUUACGGAUGCAAAAUCCAUCCAAAAUAAAGAGAAUGAUAAUAAUUAUUCUGAUCUAUUUGCAAUGAAUUUAGCACAAGCUAAAGUCAAAUAUGGUAAUCAAUUGGUGAAUAAGAAGAAAGAAAAAGGAAGACUUUUCCCUUUUUUACUUCAUAGUGGUUCGACCAAUAAUGGUCAAAAGAGGAAUAUUAGUAAUGUUUCAACCAUCACUCCUAGUAUAAGUACCGAAAAUAGUGUUUCAGGUACUGUAGCUUUGCAAGAUUUGUACGGUGACAACGGUAUACUAUCAAUAUAUGAUGGUGAUGAUGAUGAUGAUGAAGAUGAUAUCUAAUAGAGUAAUUACAAAAAUCUUAUAUACGUAUUCUAGCACAUUAUAUGUGCUACAACAUCAGACAGUAGCUAUGUCC